AUGCCGCGAACACGAUCGGUUCCAGCGGCCAAGUCCGAGCCAAAACAGACAGAACAAACACCCAAGCCAUUGACGCCAGAGGCGCCCUGCAAGACUUUCAUUCUCCCUUCUUCAGCUAGCGACAAUGCCCGCCUACUAUCCCUGCCGAAUCCGCAGUCGGGAGACCUAACGCGCUAUUUCUUCUGCCCGGACCGCGGCGUCUACGAGUUUACCGUUGUCGCACCGCCUUCACAGCCGGGACGAAGUAUCUUGUUCACGCCUUGCACAGAGAAACCAUCCGAAGAUGAUGAUGCGGUCGUCACCCCGAAGGCUACAGUCGCCAAGAAAGCCGAAUUGCUGAUUGCAACACCAAUUGAUACCAUAUUUUUCAUGAUCCCAUUGCUCGCACCUUCUUCAAAGUCCGGCCCUUCGCUGUUUCAGCCGCUGGACGAUAUAAUUGACUCCCAAGACGACUUGCCACCGCACCUACGCCAUGUUCUUUACGAUGAAACGUUUCGACCAUCCCUCCUCUCGCGCGUGGAGGCUAUCUGUGACACUGUGGAAGCGGGGGAUGAGAAACUGUUCCGCUUCAGUGAGAUGAAGCUGGUCCGGGAGUUGAUCGGUAAAGCGGAGCGCAUGGUCGCUCAUGGCCUGCCAGCAAGCUUGGAAGAGCGGUUUGUUCGACAAGCCCUCGCUACUCCGCUGAUGGCCGUCAAAAGAGAAGACAUUGUGACGAGCCAGACCUCAUCGAACGAGAGUGAGUCAGGCACGAAAUCAGAGGAACGGCCGGACUCGCCGUCGACAGUGGCCACUACUGCAACGCCAUCUGUGUCGACGCCUGCGGGCGAAUCGACCCCAGCUCCUCAGCCACCUGGUGUUGAGGAUUCCGCGCCUUCAGACCCCGUGGCUCGUCUACUGCGGAUCUCCACGGCGCUGGCCUUCAUCAAGGAAUCAUAUCUCCUACCGCCCCUAUGCACUCGGUUGGACGAAAUCCUCGCUUCUCCCGAGAGCCCGCUAGAUUUGAAACCUUUGACGGAGCGUCUCAAAGAGAUUGCUGAUCUCCGCGCUGAGGCCAUGGCGUCACGGAAUAUGUCCGACUUCACUCGGAAGCGCGGGUUGGAUGAUGAUGAAGAAGCGGAGACAAGAGCCGAGAAGAAGCGCAAGAAGGAAGAGGAGGAAAAGAAGAACAAGGCGGCUGAGUCUCGAGGUGUUCGGGACUUGAAGAAGGUCAAUACGACUGGGAUGAAGAAGAUGAGUGAUUUCUUCGGCAAAGCUGCUGCCAAGAAGAAGUCUUGA